AGCUCGCUGCCGUUUCAGCCGAGGAAGCUACCGUUAACGCGCCGACGUUACUCGCUUUUAAUCAACCGAAGAUGUCGAAAAAACAGAUUUACUACUCUGACAAGUACAACGAUGAAGAGUUCGAGUACAGGCAUGUUAUGCUCCCAAAGCAGCUGUCUAAACUGGUCCCCUCCUCCCACCUGAUGACAGAAGAAGAAUGGCGGGGUCUAGGUGUUCAGCAGAGCCAGGGCUGGAUCCACUACAUGAUCCACAAACCAGAGCCACAUGUACUACUUUUCAGAAGACCUCUACCCAAAGAGUGAUUGGGAUACCAUCCAUCAAAACUGAUACCGUCUCUGGUGUUUUGUGCUGACUUCCGACCACACAUCUUCCACAUUUACAUCUCUCUCCAUAUGUUGAAAUAUAUCACAGUCCUGUUGUUUGUAGUUUUUAUUUUUAAAAGCUCAACUUUUGUUGGAAAUCAGUCAAACAAAGCCAAGGAGAGUUGAAAAUGGAGUGCCACCCUCCACAGGGUCGGGCUGGGGGUUAAGCAAUUCUGCUGUAAUUUAUAAGCUAAGCAACCAACAAGUUUGUGAAGUUUCAUGUGCUUUGAAAGCAUUGUCUUUACUAAUGUCAUUUGUUAAGAUUGCUUUUCUUAACGGGUUCCAUCGACUGUUUUUGCUGUUCCGAAUGCAGGCCUACACAACAUUCCUAAUCUUUGUUGGUCAGAUUGUUUCGGUCUAAUCUUGUUUCCUGUAAUGUACAUACAUUUUCAGAGCCAAAAUUUGUGUUGAUACUAGAAAAGUACUUUUGUUGCUCUUUACAAUAUAAAGUGUUUAUAUGUUUGGGUUUUUUUUUUCCCCCAAAGUUUCCUGUUUUACCUUCUAAGAUAAUAGCCUUGAAUGCCUUAUAUUUUUGUAUUUGUUUUUGUUUUCUAAAUAAAGUGGUCUUUAAAACAAGAUGUUC